CUACACUCGAUCGAGUUUCUUCUGACUAAUUUCAUUCUCUGAUCGGUCAGUCGCCGCCGCCAUGGAAGGAGGAGGAGCAGGUGCCGGAACGAACCCCGUUGCCCACUACUACUGCUACGUCCACCACAACAGCGGCAUCCUCGCCGGCGUCGCGUCGCCGCCGCCCAACGCCUUCGUCUUCCAGAUCAACGUCAAGAACACCACCGGCCUCCACUACCUCUGCCGGGAGACCAACCAGUGGGUCCUCCACUGCAACCUCAACGAGGGGCCCCACGUCUCCGAGAUCGUCGAGCUCCCGUUCGAGCGCCUCGGGGAGGCCGGGUUCGGCGCCGUCUACAAGGAGAUAUCUCCCGUCCUCGCCCUGGCGGACAUCCCGGCGCUCGAGCACCCUGCCAUCAUCGCCAAGAUCAGCUCCACCGCCGUGAUGCUCACCCGCCAGUUCGCCGCCAUCUUGGAGAACAUAACCAUCCCGAUCCAGGUGGACGUCGCCAAGACUCAGUUCCAGAUCAUCGGCGAUCCUUUUCAUCCCACCAACCACCGGCCGAUCCACGACAAUGAGUGGGAAGAGGGAGAAGGGGAGGUGGAGGACUGGGAGGAGUACGACGAUGACGACGACGAGGACGAUGAAGACGAGGAGGAAGAUGGAGAAGCUCUGAACGAGGUGAUGUCGUUGUCAAUGGAGGAGGAGGAGGAGUGCAAGGCGGUGCCGGCGGCGCCGGCGUCGAUCGCGUCGCUGGAGAAGGUGAAGGCGAGGGAGAGCGGGGAGUGCGCGAUAUGUCUGGGAGAGAUGGGAGUGAACCAGGAGGUGACCCGCAUGCCCUGCGACCACACCUUCCACGGCCCCUGCAUCGUCGAGUGGCUCGGCCGGAGGCACGUCUGCCCCUUGUGCCGUUUCCAGCUCCCCACCGCCGCCUCCGCCGCCGCCCCAGGCGAUGGCAUGUGACAGACUGACCGUGGAUCGGACAUCUUUCAUCUUUCAUUUAUUGAUCCAUUCAGCCGCCGCCGCCCGCCCGACCGUCCGCCGUUAUUUCCGUCCAUGGAUCCGUUAGUUGUUGCGUCGUCUUUAAUUUUGAGUAAUUUAAUUAAAAACCUCCUCCGAUAUAUCCGCCUGUUUGUUGGGGUUUAAUUAAUUUCCUGAACUGAAUUAGUGAGUGGUUGUGCACCCAAUUUCCAUAAUAAAGAGUGGGUCAUUUU